AUGAUUUCCUUCAAUUCUUCGUGUUUACGUUGUAGACCUCAUAUAUUACUUAGAAGCCAGGUUUCCCUCACGCCUAUCAAUGUUCUCUCUAGAGCAUCUUCCCUCUCUGCCAUCCAUCGCGGACUGCGCAAUUCAGAGAAAUCUAGGCCCCAAGGUUUUAACAAGUCUUCCUUGACACCUACUGGGUCAAGAAGUUCCCCUUCAAACCGACCUGACUUCAAAAUCAGAAAGGGGAAAAAGCUUAUCUUGGACGAGGGACCGAAACCAAAAUCGAGACAGGCACGUUUCUAUGACCCAGAUGACUCUUUUGGAAAGAAGAGUCUAGUGUAUAAGCUGAAAGCCGGCUCAAAUCAAAGGGGAAAGGGGUUUCCGGCCGAGAAAAGCGAUAGGUUGACACCAGAACAAUUCAUGAACACUUUUCUUGGGGGUUCAGAUCGAUCGUCAGCCAGAUCAACACCCGGCAGGACGUUUGACAAACCAUCCGAUAGAUCAUUCGACAGAUCAUCUGGGAGAAGAGAUUUUACUAGAGUAGGGAGUGACGAUAGGCCAACUCGAAAUGAAUGGGGUAAUCAAGAGGACCAGGAGAAUAAAAGAGAGGAGCGCAAUUUUCAGUCCUCGAGAGAGCCGCAAAACGAUGAAGAGGACCAACACCCCGCUGUCCGCCGGAUUGGAUUAAAAGACCAUGACAAGGGCCCUAUUCGCAUUCCUCGCACCACUGCAGCAUCCCAAUUUCUAUACGGCAGGUCUGUAGUUGAUGCUGUGCUGAGGAAAACGACUCGACAAAUUUAUAAACUCUAUCUAUAUUGUGGCGAGAAUCGUCAAGACAUUUCUCAAACCGCUGGUCUUGAAAGACAGGCUACCCGAGCCGGUAUCCCCGUCGUACAAGUAAUAGAUUCUGAUGGCCUACGAAGGAUGGAUAAGAUGAGUGAGGGUCGACCACAUAAUGGUUGUAUCCUCGAGGCAUCUCCAUUGCCCCAGCUGCCAGUCAAGCACCUAGGCGCUCUUGCGGAGAAAGGAUUCCAUGUCAUGCUAAAUCAUCAAUCCGUUGAGGAAGCCCAGAUCAAUGGCACCGACGAUUUCAUCAGGUGCGACCUGCCGGCCAAUAGAAAACCAUUUAUUCUAUUGUUGGAUCGAAUUCAGGAUCCAGGAAAUCUGGGUUCUAUCUUGCGGACAGCAGCAUUCCUAGGUGUCAAUGCGAUCGGUAUCACCAAAGGCCACUCAGCCACUUUGAACUCUAUAGCUUCUAAAGCUUCUGCUGGUGCUUCCGAAGUCAUGAAGCUAUUUUCCGUCGACUCUAUUCUUAAUUUCCUUACUCGUUCUAAGGAGAACGACUGGGUUGUAUAUGCUGCAGUAGCGCCCACUGGUCGGCCUAAGGGAGGCAAACAUCUCUUCUUGGAUAGGGUGGAUACAUAUGAUCCGUUGUCUACUAGCCCCACGAUCCUAGUGGUCGGAAGCGAGGGUGAAGGACUCACGAAAGACACGAGGCGUCUGGCGGAUUACGAGGUAUCGAUACCAAACAAUGCCAAUUCUCCUCUUGUGGAAAGUCUCAAUGUUGGCGUGGCGACGGGUAUUCUUUGCUCUGCUUUCCUGAAGAACCAACAUUCUGGAGGUCAAUUCGAUAAAAUACUUGAGAUUAAUGAAAAGGAAUCGGAAUCGGAGUCGGACGCACUGUGGAACUGA